CGCUAAUACCACUAGUGAAUUGAUUUGUUUUUUCGCGACUGAUUUUCGGAGAAUCGCGAGCGUAGAGGAAAAGCUUGGUGGUACAACAACGGCAGUGGUUACAGUAGAAAAAUUAUUACUUAGAUCUACAGUUAAUAAAAGGGAAGCUUGCGGUGUUGCGAUGAGACAGUUGAUUUCGGUGUUCUGAAAGUGAAGCAGCAAUUAUUCAACGCGAACAGCCGGUGUGUGGUGAAACAUUAGAUUGAACUUUACUAACACUGUAAAUUGUGCUAUUAAACGGCUUGGCAGUUGGUGAAUAGACAGACAUCAAUAAUUCGAGAUUUUUUUUUCGUUCGGUUCCAGUAACAGGUCAAAACGGAAGCAAAAUGAUAAAGUUUUUGAGCCUCUCACUCAUCGUUGCUCUGACCAUCCUGGACCAGACGUUAGCACAGAACAACCAGUACCUACCUCCGGACAAGGGUUACGCUUACGAUAAACCAAAUCAGCCAUUCCCAUCUGCCACGCAGCCCCAGCAGGUUCCCUUCCAACGACCAACACCACCGGCACCAGCCCGACCGGCUCCAUCCUACGGACCUCCGCCACAAGCAGGAGGUGCUGACCAUGUUCACGAACCAGGAAUGCCGUUCGAUUUCAAUUACAACGUGAACGACAUCGAAAGCGGAAAUGACUACUCGCACAAUGCUGUAAGUGAUGGCGAUGUGACCCGCGGAGAGUACCGUGUCCAGCUGCCCGACGGCCGAACCCAGGUCGUGCGCUACACUGCCGACUGGAAGAAUGGGUACAACGCAGAGGUGACGUACGAAGGUGAAGCCAAAUAUCCAGAAGGGCCUGGUCAAGGUGGUGCCAAUUCCGCGGGAUACAAAUACUAGAAACUAUCUCAGCUUCGGAAACCCUCGGAACACAACGAUCUUCGUGACAAGAAAUUCAGUAAACAUCCAUAACGAAUGUCAUUUUCCGGCAUGUAACAAACGUUUUGUUAAACUCCGAAGAAACAAUGGCAUCAACCGCUCACCAAACCACAUACAUCUAGCAAACACGUCAUUCUCCUCUACUGUAAAGAUAUCCAGUGCCGAGCACUGAAUCUACGAAGACACUUUUAAAUGCUUUCCAAAUGAACCGCUCUCAUCGUUCGUAAGCCAGUAUUCUCCUCUAAAAACUGAGAAGCGGAACCCCAGUACGGAAAAGAUAAUUAACGAUCCGCAAAGCGAGACCACGUCUUUCGGAAUAGAAAACUAACGACCUGCCAACUUGAAAAAGAUUAAUGAAACAUUUUUGCAAAAUGAACAAAUAAGUCGGAUUAUCUCUGGUGAUUUAAAUUAAGGAUUACAUUACCUUUUUCACUUAGGUGAACAUACUCACAUUCCAAAUGCUUAAUAUCACAUAAAUUGUAAUUAAAACCUGUACAUGUACAGUCAUAAAUUUUAAUGUUUACUAUUUUCUCGCCUGAUGGUAAUCGAGAAUGAAUUCGAUUGAAUUCUUGUGUUCAUAGCCAUCACCAUGUCAAUUUACAAACUCCAUCAAACGAAUUCCUUAAUUCGAACAAUCUUCAUUCAUUCGAUCAAGAAAUCAUACCACAGAGAACAGACAUCCAAGUAGUGAUUUCAUUGAAUGAUUUUUAACGAUUUUUCACUUGGUGUGCUUUACACUUUUUUUAUAUCAUUUAUUUUACCCCGGAUUUAACCUUUUCGGUCGUUUACCGGUGGUUAAAAAAGUUUGUGCUAGCUGGGGUGUCUGUUCUCUGUGAUAAUACCUAAAACUACCGUUAUCUACCAGUAAGAGUAAUGCAAUCCAUCAGAAAAUUCAAUGGUAGUAUAAACGAAAACAGUCGCCCACUUCUUCAUACGAUCAUUUCCAAAUUCCACCUAGAUAUCUGUGUCAGUUUGCGUUUCGCCCAAACAAACAAUACUUGGAUUAUGAAUAUAAUAUAGUAGAUGAAAAUUCAGUCCGAUGAACCACGAAAAAGGAACAGAGAAGAAGUUAGAUGCAGUUGGUCUGAAUACACUAAAACUGCAAAAAACUUUUGUAUCUAGUUGAAUUGACUACACUUGUAAACAGUAUGUAAAAUUUGAAAAGUUUAAUAAAAUAAUGUGAAAAUAA